AUGCUUCUUGCGCAUGUCGGUAGACAUCACAUUACCAUCGAGCCGUCUGGCCGAGGUCUUUUCGGCUUGAGAAGGACACCUGCGUUCCGAGUGACAGAGCCUCCCGUCAGCAGCAAGGUGGCAGAGUCCGCUAAAAACAUGCCCCGCUUGUCUACCUUGAAUCGGGGAUGCGCGUAUGAUCCUAGAGCUUAUAGCGUUGGCCGCGGCCUAGCGAACGCUUUUGCUGCCAUGACACCUAAUUGUUCUCACCGUUACUCCAUCCAAGCCAGCAGUCGCUACACAUGCCUCCUACAAGUCCUCUAA